CAGUACACACACACAUUACUUAGCAAUAUAUGGUAACUACCGGUUGUACCUAUAUUUCAUGUCGAGUUAAUAUUUUCAAUACGAAAAUUUCUUGCCAGUUUUUAGCCAAUCUUCAGUCGAGCGUGAAAUGUAUUUAAGGAACAUAACGAUCGCUUUAAUUUUCAGCGCUGUGUUUGCAUUGCUCGACCAAGCGUUCGCCAAUGUAACAAAUUCACAGAAUGUGCUCAAAAGGGAUAAAAGAUUUAUUUUAUUUAACGGCGCUGGUGUAUCAAAGAGUGUACUGGGUAUAUUGGUGCCGGUAGUAACGGGCGACAAAAAAAAUUGGAGAUCCUUAAAUCUGGGCUAUAAUUUGCAAGCUCAAUACACACCGCUACCAUCGGUAAUAUAUCCAUGGACACGAUUUAGUCGCUCGUUAAUCGACCAGAAGGAGCACUAUAUGCGGAAUGGUACUCACACUCCCGACAAAACCAGAUUGUUCAUGUACAAUUUAAUCGAAACGAUUAUGAACCGCCGAGGCAUCGAUGGUAGAGAGUGUUUGUUGAAGUCAAUUUGUGAAGCGGCUCAUUCACCCAUCGAAAAGUUUAGCGUAUUCGAUGAGAUUCUACAUUUGCUGUUAACGCCUAACCGCAAUGAAGUCGAUUCAGAUUAUGUGCAUGCAAUGGAGGCAGGAAAUUAUGGGGUUGAUUGCAGUGAAAUGUAUCGGAAAUGUUUACCCGGCCAUGGUAUCUUAGACAGCAUUUCUUAUUUCAAGUGAAGUUAAAUAAACGGAAAGUUUGGAGAGAAA